AUGUCUUUGGAAUUUUAUGCCUUUUUACUGUUUACUAUUUCCUGUGUUUUCAGUUUUUUUGUUUCAUUCCUUCCUUCUUUCUUCUUUUUCUUUCUUUUUUUCUUUCUUUCUUUCUUUCUUUCUUUUUCUUUCUUUCUUUUUGCUUCAGUUUUCUGUUCUUUCCCUUUUUGGGGUAGCAUUUCUUUCUUUUUCUUUCUUUCUUUCUACCUUUCUUUCUUUCUAUCUUUCUUUCUUUCCGUGUUUUCACUAUCUUUGUUUUCUUUCUUACUUUCUUUCUUUCUUUCUUUCACCUUCUUUCUUUCUUUUUCUUUCUUUCUUUCAUCUUCUUUCUUUCUUUUUCUUUCUUUCUUUCUUUUUGCUUCAGUUUUCUGUUCUUUCCUUUUUGGAGUAGCAUUUCUUUCUUUCUACCUUUCUUUCUUUCUUUCUUUCUUUUUCUUUCUUUCUACCUUUCUUUCUUUCUUUCUUUCUUUCUUUUUCUUUCUUUCUACCUUUCUUUCUUUCUUUCUUUCUUUUUCUUUCUUUUAUUUUAUUCAGUCUUUCUUUCUUUCUUUCUUUCUUUCUUUCUUUCUUUCUUUCUUUCUUUUGUGA